AUCUAAAACUCUGCAACUGGUGGUCUGAGAGAAAAUCACAUGUCCCAGGUUAUCUGGGAAUAAAAAAUAAGACUUCACAACAACAGAAGAAGAAGAAGAUACAUGGAGGAGAAAUCUAUGUCUCUGAUUGGCUGAGCACACAUGUGAUUGAUCACAUGACCACAUGAGAGUUGCUCCUGCAUGACAAAUGUUUUUUGUUCAGAAGAUCAACGUCCUGCAGGUUAAAGCUCAGAUAACCACCGGCUCUGGUCACAUGGGGGCAGCGCCUGCUCGGAGUCACUCAGCAGAAACAUGAGGAGAUCAUUUCCUCUUGUUUAUCAGCAGAGACCAACAGAGCAACAAAGAAGUGAGUUCAUCAGUGUGGUGUGGCCUCUCUGCACUGAGAGCCAGGAACCGACAGAAGUGGCCGAGCCAGUUAUUCUCCGAGAGCAGAGGAGAGUGGAAGUGAAACAUUCAGGGAGACGCUCUGGAGACAUGGCAGAUACAGCCGCUCCCACCUCCAAGCAGCAGCCGGUGGCGGCCUGCGGUGACCCCGUCUGCUCCUCCUGCCUCGGGGACAACUGUAAAGGAUGUCCACAGUGUCUUCAGAGUCCAGACAAGCCUCCACCUGCUGAGGGUCUCAAACAGAACGGAACAGAGGCUGGAACUCAGGCGAGCAAAGAGGAAACUCAAGACACCAAGACAGCAGAGGAGAUCAAAAUCCAGGAUGACCUGAAGGAGUCCGAGGUCCCCAAGAAGCUGGAGGAGGAGAAGAAAGAAGCGCAGUCUGAUGAGGAGAAGAAGAAGAACGGAGCUGAAGAGGAGGUGAAGGAAGAGGAGACCAAGGAGGAACCUCUGGGCCCCGAUGAUGUGGUGUGCGACUCCUGCAUCGAGAGCCCCUGCAGGGCCCUCAAGUCCUGCCUCACCUGCCUGGUGUCGUACUGUGAGGCUCACCUCCGGCCUCACCUGGAGAACCCCAAGUUCCAGAACCACCGGCUGGUGGAGCCGCUCAGGGACAUCGAGAGGAGGACCUGCGAGAGCCACAAGUGGCCCCUGGACAUUUUCUGCUGCGCUGACUCCUGCUGCAUCUGCCAGGACUGCUUGACCGAGGACCACACGGGCCACAACACCGUCCCUGUGGUGGAGGCUCGCAGGCGGAUAGAGGGGGAACUGAGGGAGAAGCAGACGGAGACGGUGAAGACGGUGACGGCGGCAGAGAACGCCAUCAACAAACUGCAGCUCAACACAGUCUCCAUAGAGCAAUCGGUGGCAGAGGUGCAAACCGUGAUCCAGAGCCAGUUUGAGGAGCUGCAGGCGGUGAUGGAGAGGGCGAAGAGGGAAGUGACGGAGAUCCUGGAGGGCGAGGAGAAGCAGGCGCUGAAGCAGGCCGAGGGCAUCCGGGUUCACCUGGAGCAGAGGUGCACGGAGCUGAAGAAGACUCAGGCGCAGAUGGAGAAAAUUUCCAAGAACAAGAACGAUGUGGAUUUCUUACAGGAGUAUUCCGAGUGGAAGAAAGAAGCCCCUGACAUCUCUUUGCCUGGGGUCUACAUCGGCCUGAUGGAUCGCCUCAACUCCUUCAGCCGUGUGAUCGUGGACUCCACGCAGGAGCUCUGUGCCCAGCUCGUGUCCUCGUACAUAGACAAAGUUAAAGAGACCUGCAAGAACGACCAAAUGGGAAUAAAAACAACAGUUCAUGCGAUUAUCUCAGCGAAAGACAACAUGUCGAUUCCCGAUCCUCAGAAACACGCCGACUUCCUCAAGUACGCCGCCCACGUGAGUUUCGAAGCUGUCACCGCUCACAAGUUCCUGCGUCUAACGGAGGAGAACAGGAAGGUGACCAACACCACGCCCUGGCAGCAUCCGUACCCUGACUCACCUGAGCGCUUUGAGAACUGGCGACAGGUUCUGGCCACAGAGAGCUUCUAUAUGGGCCGACACUACUUUGAGGUCGACAUCAGCGGCGAGGGGACGCACGUGGGCCUGACCUACAAGAGCAUCGACCGCAAGGGCAGCGAGAGCAACAGCUGCAUCACAGGAAACAACUUCUCCUGGUGUCUGCAGUGGAACGGACGCACCUUCUCCGCCUGGCACAGCGGCGUGGAAACCCCCCUCAACAUGGAGAAGUUCACUCGCAUAGGCGUCUACGUGGACUACACACGAGGCCUCCUGGCUUUCUACGGCGUGAAGGACACCAUGACGCUCAUCCACGAGUACAAGGCAGACUUCCUGGAGCCUCUUUACCCGGCGUUCUGGUUGUCGAAGAAGGAGAAUAUCGUGGCCUUGGUGGCGCCUGGGGAACCGUUACGGCUCAAGAGCCCCUCUCCACCGACCUCACCUGUAACCAAAGCCAUAGUUUCAUAAACAGCAGCAGAGCUGCAACUGGAAACCUGUUUGUUCUCAGUGAUAUAGAAACUGUAAAUAAAGAUGGACGACACGUCUUCACUUCCUCCCACUGUGCAAAAUUUUAAUUUUCUUGAGUUGGAGUCACGGUAUCAAGAACCUGCUGAUACACACGUUCGCCCAAUCAGGAGUCAGACUCAGCUGUCAAUCAUAUCAUCAAUUAACUAAUUCAAACCAAACUGAUCAGAAACACUUGAACAAACAUCAGUGUGAUGAGAGCGACCUGAAAUGACAGAAACCAUCUUUGAGGAAUAUUUAUUAUUUAUCUACUUUGAUUCUUUAGUUUGGUUCAUGUCCCAUCGGCUAACAUGGAGGAGUCAGAGUUUAUGAUCUAUACUGCAGCCGACCACCAGGGGGUGAUCAAGAUAAUUCGGCUUCACUUUUGGGAGCUGUCAUGUCGUCCAUCUUCAUUUACAGUCUAUAGACACAUGUUUAUACGAAAGUACUGUUUCAUACAUUUUAACAUAAAAAAGAAAAACCAGCUGAUUUGAGUUUCAUUUUGUUUACAGUCGUUUGUUUUUGUCGUAAAACCUUUUAUGAGUUACAUGAAAAACUGUGUUUAUCUCAUGUUCGUUUGGGCUCAUUGCAUGUGUAUGUGUGGGACUAUUGUUACUGUUACUGUACUUUUCAUUACACUGUGAAUCCACAAAAGCUCUUUAUUUUCUGCAAAAUAAAUAAAACUGCCAUUAAAA